AUGGGAAACUCCAAUUCUAUCCCAAAGCCAACUCCACAAGAAGUCGAGCAGCUCACAAAGACAACUCAUUUCAAUAAGGAAGAAAUCAGCAAGCUCUAUGACGCAUUCUCCAAGAUUGCCAGCGCAUCUGGAUCUGCCGAUGGAAAAAUCCAGCCAGAAGAGUUCUAUGAAUCCCUUGCUAUUACUAAUCACGAGUAUGGAAAGAAGGUUUUCGAGGCCUUUGAUACAAAUCCAGACGGUGAUCUCUCAUUCUCCGAAUAUGUUUCUGGCAUUUCCCAGUUAUGCGAGAGAGCCUCUGUAGAAGAGAAGGCUAAGUUCUGCUUUGGCUUAUACGAUGCUGAUAAGUCCGGAUGCAUCACAAAACCAGAGUUCAUGUCCAUCAUUACAGCUUCUCUUGGACAAAUGCCAGGUGCUGACCCAGCUCUUGUCAACCAGAUCGCUGCUCAGCUCUUCAAGGAGAUUGAUAAGUCUGGCGAUGGAAAUAUCAAAUUCGAAGAAUUCCUUAAAGCAGCUUCAAAGAACAACAAUAUUGUCAAAUGCGUUGAAGUCCAUGUUGAACAUAUUUUCGCGCAUUAA